AUGGCGACCCAAGACCCUAGCGAGGCUCCCCAGCCUUUGACGGAGCUUCCUUUCGCGCCUCUUACAAAAUCACACAUUAUGCAUUGCUCUUACCACGAUUGGUAUCCCAAAUAUCGUGCCAUAUCUCCCAAAGCCCGUCUCAUACCACUUACUCGCCCCUUCCUGGACUACCUUCGCGCAGACGGCAUUGUGAUUCCCCCGGACGAGGAUGACCCCCGCCGUGACUGGUCGGACAGCGACUCUGGCAUCUUCUCGGCUUCUGAUACCGCUGGAGAGGAAGAUGAUGACGAAGAAGAGGAUCCCUCUGCAGAGUGGCGCAAUGUCCACCGAGCCAUCAAAAAUACCAUCGCUGAACUGGGCGGCAAGGUUGUGCCCAAGCUGAACUGGUCUGCUCCCAAGGAUGCCACCUGGAUCGCUGCUACCAACAGUAUGGAGUGCAGACUGCCUAGCGACAUCUACUUGCUACUUAAGAGCUCAGACUUUAUCACCCACGAUCUGGAACAUGCCUACGAUGACUGUGUCGCCGAUGAGCCUUCUUCAGACGACAACCCGAAGGAUACCAACGACAUUCCAUAUCACCUGGUUCUGCGCAAAUUCUUUCAAAUGAACCCCUCGGUCGAGUUCAGAUGUUUCGUCAGGAAUCGCAAGCUCAUCGCUCUCUGUCAGCGAGAUCUAAAUCACUUUGACUUCCUCUUCCGCAUGCAAGACAAGCUACGUCAUGUCAUUCACAACUUCUUUGAUGAUCGACUCAAGCACACUUUUCCCGACGCCAACUUUGUGUUCGAUGUCUACGUUCCUCCGCCGCAUGAUCGCGUUUGGCUGAUCGAUGUCAAUCCUUGGGCAGUCAGGACGGACCCCUUGUUGUUCAGCUGGCUGGAACUUCUGACAUUACCAGAGCCCCCAGAGGAGAAAGUCAUCCGUAUCCCUAUUCGACCUGACGCUGCCGUCGAUGGUCAGGAGAAGUCUGACUCUCAAGCAGCGGAUGCAAAGGAGGGUGAAGUCACAGAGGGAACAACAGACUUGGAGGACGAUGAUGAUGAAGACGAAGCCGACGAGGAGAUCUGGGUCCCCGAAUUCCGCCUGAUCAGAAAGGACGACCCUGAGGCCUACAGCUUCAACACUCCGCAGUUCAGCGCACACAAACUACCACGAGAUGUCGUCGACGCAAGUCAAGGCGGUGCUGGUGCAUUGAGAGAUUUUGCAGACAAUUGGAAAGACAUGCUUGCAAAGCAGCAGCGAGACGAUGCAGAAUAUGAGAGUAGUAGUGAGGGGGAUUGA